AUGCAUUCAAUUCAACAGUAUGAUGUUUUCAGUCCCAUGCAAACACGGAAGCGAGAAAGUGUGCUUCGUCGCUACGCAAGUGCGUUGGGGAUUCCACAAUUUUCCACGAUUUCACUUGGAGUGGCUUGGAUGCUUGGGUUCGUUGUGGCAUUAACCGCAGGUGCCCUUUCAGAUGCAUUUCAAGGCAAUGAUCCCGCUAUACCGUUGAUUCCAACAACAAGCUUAGCAGUAGGACUCAAUGGCUUUUGUGCCCUACUCUCUAUUCUCCUUGGAUACAGCUUGUGGGAUUCGUUCAGCAUUUACCAACCAUUUGCAGGCGGGGAAAGGUAUGUAUUGCUACAAGGGUGUGGGUGGACGCUCCUGGUAGCUGCUUCAGCUGCCAUGAUUGUAUACGUUAUUCAGUUGGAGCCACCCACAUUUAGGUACGGGGUGCUAACGAUACUGGAGGGAUUUGCAUCCAUAGGGAAUAUUUUGCUGGCUGUGUCACUUCACUACUUCACACCUUCAGAAUCUCGAAACCGGCCCGUGGAAGGAACUCCGCAGCGUUCUAUGGAUAACCCAGACAAGGGGUCAGUGCUGGAGUGGAUGUUGCAUAGUCCAAACUCUGAAACCGGCUUGGUUGUCAUUUUUAUGUUGUCACAGCUGCUUCUUUGCAAUAUUGGAGCCUUAUUUCGGACCUUAUCUUCGCCUGCGAUGGUGUUAUUUACCACUUUUCAUGUGAUCAGUGGUAUCAUUAUUUAUUUAUUGAUUAAAUGGAAACAAGCAGAGGGGUUCAAUAUUUUACGAGGACCUGUAGAGACUUUGUACUGUUUGCUUUCCUGGCUAGUGUACGCUUUGGCUCUUGUGGGGGGAAUAACUCUUACUCGCACAGGGACGGAGGCCCCACAGAUGACAUUUGGAAUGGUAGCCUUGGCAGCCUUUGUUGGUAUUCUGUCGCAGUUGGUGCUGGUUCGAACAUCACUGUAUAAAGAGAGUCAUGACUCUUUUCAGUCCACUGUAGCGAAGUACGCCCGAUUUUUUUUUUCAGCCAUGGCCACAGCAUUGGCAUGUAUUUCAAUUGGUAUCAUGUACUACGUAAAACGUGAGGAAAAAUCAUUUACAGGGUCUAGGAAUGAACAGGCAUUAACAGAGGGUUUCUUGUUUUGUCAAACUCUAUCCGUUUUUUUGUUACUUGCACUGACUCCCGUGACGCACUUGAUUGGGCGCGUUAUCUACGGGGAGGCCUUUAGCUUUUUUCAGCCCUUUCGUGGUUCAAUGGGAUUUAUAUUUCUUCAAGCGCUUGGUUGGGCCUUCUUUGCUGUCUGUAUUCUUUGCAUGACAUUUCACAUGACAGCGACGAACUUUCGGUGGAUUCUCUAUGCUACAGCUGCCGGCGCUAUGGGGCAGUUUUUUAUUCAAUUCUCUAUUGAAGCCUUUGCUUCAGGUGUCUGCGUAGCGAAGGAGCAGGCAGCGGGAAACUUGAAAAGAGGCGAUGUUAAAACGGAGGAAGGCUCCAUCACUGGUGAACUGAUUGUCAGCCUAUUGCUUCAACUGGCUUCGAUUAUUUUGCGACUUAUGAUAGAUAUAUCUUUAGCGCAAAACAGUGCGUUUUCCUCUGCUCAAAAACGUCUACUGAUUACUUUUGCAUCCUUGGCUUUUGUGGUGAGUGUACCUCUGGCUCACUACUCUGGCACAAGCAAAGAUAUUCCUUUUUUUGCUCCGUUUAGAGGUAGUGGCACCUACAUCGCCUUACAGGCCUUGGGAUGGGUUGGGUAUGCAUUGUUUUUGCUAAAAGCUAUUCUGGAUGGUGUUAUCUCACUGAAUGACCUCGACGCUAUACAUUUUUCGCUAGAAUCUCCUUUCUACUUUUGGUUCACUCUGGAGGGGUGCCUACAGUUGGUGCCCCUGGUGCUGAUUGUUCUCUCCGUGGUCAUGGAGGUGCGUUUCUCCAUCCCACGACAGCGUGGACGAAGAAUGGUGCUGGAAGCUCUCCAAUGCGUCAAGGCGGCACUGGAUGAGAGCCUUGAUGCUCGCAAAGCAAAUGAGCGGGCGGCGCUGCAAUUGUCUAUGCGGAUUCUAGCUGCGUCCACUCUUUCAGCUCACGGCAUGCACUACGACCGAGAUAGUUUUUGCCUCGGUGACAAACCGACUCCAGGAAAGCAUACCGCAACAAAAGCAAUGGAAGUUAUGAAAGAUAUUUGCUUCACAGGUGAGGAGGAGGAUGUUUUGCCACUCUUUCCGACAGAGGCUGAGAGUCGACACGGUGCAGCAAUUCUAUUGGUGAUGAUGCUGUGCUUUACCUCGGCAUCGGGUUAUGUUAUCGCCGCGCUUUGGGCAAGCACAGUGCCGCUUGUCGGGUUUGUCUUUGCCGUUGGUGGCCUUGCUGUGUGCACCAUCUCCUGUGUGGGUACCCACUGCGGGUAUGGGGCGUUGUUGCAAGGCCAAACAGGGGAAUAUACCUUUUUCAUGCUUUUUAAGGGCGGGUCUGUGUUUGUAGCACUGCAAAUUGCGGGUUGGGUGAGCUACGCAUGUACGUUUAUUCUGACACUUAUUCAUACUCUGGAAGACGAGGGUCAAACCGUCAAACUUUUUACUGGAGCGGUUUUUUCAGUCUUUAGUCAAAUACUUAUUCUGGUCUCUAUUCCGAAAUUUGACUCACGGCCCCGGCGUCAAACGUACUUGGAGGAGAAUGGCGAAGGAGUUGUGGCAGUGCUAGUUUUCAUCGGUGCGUUCUUGUUUGGUCAUCUCUACCUGCGUGCACAGGAGUUUUUUCGUGAGUUGGAUGCCGUUUGUGUUGCUGAUGUAGACAUGGUUCCCUCCACACGGCGCUCGCAUGUUCCCUUUUUUAUCAUGGCGCUUAGCAUUGUGGCGGCCGUGCCGUUUGUCCUGGUUACCCUCGGCCGUUCCACUAAGCACCUGGUAUCGGCGGCACACACACCGCACCGUGACAUUGACACCGAUGAAGAUGAGCCAUGGGGACGUCGUAAAUCGCUUAUGGUGAACGUCGUUUUGCGCGUGUCAGAGAUCAUGAUAUUGACGCUUGGAAUGACCACACCUAUGGCGUUUUUGUUUUUGGUAUACCUCUUUAUGCACGGUGUGCAAAGCGGCUUCUUGCCUCUCAUACAAUAUUGGAUACCCGUGGCGGUGAUAGCGGUGGUCCUUGCCCUGCUGCUUUCACUCGUGCCACAUGUCAUGAGCAUUAGCGUGCUGAGGCAGCUAGUAGCCUUUAGGGAGUGUGUCGUCGUGUGCGGUGUGUACUCCGUAGCGAUUAUUUCUUUUAUCAUUAUAUACGGACCAGCAUUCUGUCUGCCGUUUCACUCUGUGGGAGCGUAUUACACAGGAGCUGUGACCUUGGCUUUGAGUGUGGCUGCACCUUUUCGGCAGUUUCGCACAUUGUUAAGGUUUGGUGUUUACGCAGUACUCGGGUACGCCACCUAUGUGGAGUACUUUCGUGUGCUGGAGAGUCAUACAGCACUUUCUGCGUUAGCGACGCUGGGGUACUACGCUAUAGAUGCGGGGGAACUGUUGGUUUGGCUUUGGUAUCUUCCGUCGUAUGAUGGGAAGCCUGAGGAGACGGGUGCAUGCCGCCGUUUGGGGUUUGUAACCUGGGCAGAGAAGCACCUGUUCAGAGACAUUGGGAAUUACUUUAGCUAUCGUGUUAUUCUAGAGGACGAAUCUGUGAACAUGCGGGACAGCAGCAAUCAGUACAUCUUCGCAUUUCACCCGCAUGGUGUCUUCGCAGGCAGUGCCCUGUGCGGCAUAUUUUCCGAGGCCUGGAAACAAAAAAUUGGUCACAAUGCAAAGACCUACGUUUCGACACAUGGGGCAAGCGUCAUGUUCAAUAUUCCAAUUAUACGCGACUUUAACCUGAGCUUGGGGGCACUGUCUGUGACGCGUGCCGCCAUUGAAUCUAGUCUUUCCUGCGGCAAUAGCCCCCUCAUCGUCAUUGGUGGGCAGGCCGAGUUAAUUCUGACGAAGCGCAGCAACAAGGUGAUGUCGAUCAUCACGUACCACCACGGCUUCGUGAGACUGGCACUGAGGCACAAGGUGCCCCUCGUGCCUGUGGUAAGCUUUGCGGAACAGAACGUGCUGAGCAUUGUCUCCGCGCCUACAAUGCAGCGUGCCACCCUGAAGGUACUGGGCUUUCCAUUUCCAAUCAUUCCGUACGGUAGGUGGCUACUGCCGCUUCCAUACCGCACACCGCUAACGCUCGUCGUCGGCUCCCCCCUCCCCAUCCCUCCCGGGGCGAGCGCCGACAAUCCAAGCGAUGUUUCUGCUCUCGCCGAUGCAUACUUCGCGUCACAGCGGAUUCUCUUCUACAAGCAUCGCACAGCAGCCGGUUACCCAGAAAUGGAGCUCGAGUUUCACUCGCGGCAAGGAGGGAAGGUGGACUAA